AGUGUAGCCCAGCAGUGCCACCUGUCAUUGCCCAUCAAUGCCACCUGCCAGUGCCCAUCAGUGCCUCCUAUCAGUGCCAGUCAGUGCCACCUAUCAAUGCCAAUCAGUGCCUCCUAUCAGUGCCAGUCAGUGCCACCUAUCAAUGACAGUCAGUGCCACCUAACAGUGCCAGUCAGUGCCGCCUAUCAGUGCCAUAUAUGAGUGCUGCCUUUCAGUGCCUAUCAGUGAUGCCUGUCAAUGCCCAUCAAUGCCACCUACUAGUGCCUCCUCAUCAGUG